ACGAGUCACUGUUCCCAGGACGACUUAGCGUUGCUCAGAGGUCCAUCGAUGGUACCGUCCGUGCUGAAGGAGAACGUCAGGACGUUCUGGUUCCGGCAGCCGAGGGACCAGCCGGUUCAGUAUGGCAUCGGGAACUGCGGCAAACAGUGUCCCCCUUGCGUGGAUCUGAUCUGCAAGGGUCUUCCAUCCAAGUGCCUCCAAUUCGAGGGGAAAAAGACGAAGACGAAGAGGAAGAGGAAACUCUUGAGCUCCAGGAAGCAGGAGUUCUGGGACGCAAAGCCGAACAACUGCAAGAAGGAGAAAAUACCGGAGAAACCAAAGUUGACUUUGUGGGAGUCGCUGUUCGGGCCGUGCCCUCAGAGAUCCUGGCCCGAUCCUUGUACCUGCAGGCUGGCCUACCGAGAGAGGAAGAAGCUGAGACAUCACGAUCCAAGACUGCGCGAUCCCCGAUACCAAAUCACUGCCGGUGACGUUCUGUUGUAUACCGAACAGGUGAAACGCACGAGAUCUGGAGAGUGCGCGGAACCCCAGCCGAAACCUCCCCCAUCGUUCAAAGUCCCAAAAGCUGUUCUCUUCAGUAUGAUGAGCGAUAGUUCCGAAAGCGUGAGUCAAAUCGCCUGGCAGAAUCGCAUGACCCUUACUCAAGGACCGUGCGAAAGCGACCCGUGCGAGCGACCACGGCCGUACAAACGUCCGUACGAAGAACUGAGGCCGCCAGAGAACAGGAGGAAGCAAGUGAAUCUAAAAGCAGGCAUCGCGGCGGACGACGUACCUCUACCGAUGAACAGAAACGCAUACUACUUCGACGCUCUCCCUCCGCGGAAAUCUGCGAGGACCUACGACUUAUUGAAAGACCUCGAAUCGCAACAAGGCGAGAAGCGAAAAGCCGAGGAAAAGCCCGCCUCGGAGAUGCAAACGCUGAAGCGUUCUAGGAUAGAACAGUUAAAGAUUUUGAUUACUCAGAAGAAUCCUUCCCACUGCAAAUCGUCCUCUCUUUUUGACCGUCAAAAUUGA